CGCUUAGCUGUUUAUGUCAACUGACUAAGCGAUAUAUCUGCGUACAUUGAAACACGUAUUUAUCUUUAAAAAGCCGCGUUAUAUAAACGACUUGAAUGUUUCGUAAUUGUGAGUUCAUUUAAGGACACGACAUCGGUACAUAUAUCAAUAACAAAAAUGGCAAUUUCAACUCUACAGAAAUUCUUAGUUUUGGCUGUCGGAAUACACGAGGUUACAGCUGGUCAGUGGUGUUUCGUACAGAAAUCAUUCGGCUCUGCGAUUGAGUAUAAGUACUGCAGUUGGGGAUGCUGCACCGACAACUAUGGGACACUGCUGUGAACAAACUAAUAUUGGAGUUCCGGUCGGCAGCAUAGUAGGAGGCGUGAUCGGUCUGAUAGUGCUGGUGUCGAUACUGGUUGCCUGCUGUUGUAUCAUGAAACGGCAGCGAGCCCGCCAGGGGCAGGUUUUUUCCCCAGCAAAUGUCCAACCCGUUUACGGUGCCCCCGGUUCACAGAUGGCAUACGUACAGCAACCGUACCAGCCUCACCCUAUUCAAACAACCAACAUGCUGCCAGGUUACGGUUCAGCAUCCACUCAACCGAUGCAGUCAUGGCAACCGCCACCAUAUGAGGAGGUGAACAAGGGUUUGAAGCCUUGAUAAGACUUAUUCAUUACGAAUAGUGAUGUUUCAAGUCUUAACAUACUGUACGUGUGCGUUUGUAUAUACGUACGAACAUAUCGUAUACUGUAUUUAUUCGUGUUUGAUUAUAUCGCCCUUGCUUAACAAUGUUUGUAAAACAUGCCACUAUCAGAUAAUAAUAAAAGAUGAAAUUAAA